AUGGGAAGGGAGGGAGGAGGGGACAGCAAAGGCGCAAGCGGUUAUCGUGGCGCGGCAGACCAGAUGGUGCGGCCCACAAUAGCCGUCGGCCUGAGGAGUGGCCCGUGGAUGGCGUUCUUGAAGUUGAGGUCCCGAAAGAAGGCCUCGAAGGAUCCACCCCGCAGGCUACGCACGAGGCGUGACGUCGGCGCAGGAAAGCAUGAGCGGCGCGAAGAGGGAAGCGGAGAAAGGCUGCGGCUGGCGGCUGGCGGCUGCCUGAGUUGGCGAGCGGGCUCUUCCGAUGAGAGCAACAAGCGAGGGGGCGACCAAUGUCGAUUGCUUCGCGACGCACUGUUGGUUCUCAAGGACGUUGGGACUCUCAAGCGCGGCCCUUCAUCACAUAUGCACCGCGUGCUUGCCGCCCUCGUUGGCUUGGUCACCUCGAUGUGCCUAGCAAAGUUGGAUGGCCCAACAGCGCAGGCAGCACCAAGCGAAGAGGUCUCCAGCCGAGCUCAGCUCAGCCCCCCCCCCCCUGCCCGCGGCGUUGAGCUCUGCUUGAAGAAUCGAGCAUGCAGGUCGGAGUGGGUGCCGCGGCAUCGCGGGUCCUUCGGGGGUGCCGCCGAGCGUCAGGAGAGGAGCUGGCGAGGACGUGACGGUGGUGAAGUCGAUGUGCAGUGCCCUGCAUAUGCAGCGGAUCGUGGUGGUGUGGUCGAUGGCUCUAACGGCCAGACAGACGCUUGUAACGGCUGGUGGUCUGGAGGCCUGGGUAGGGUACCGCCGCUGCCGCAGCCGAAGCCAACUACCUCGCAUGCGCAUGAGGGCAUCGGUAUCCCCAUGUCAAGUAGGUGGAUCAGAAAAGACAAGACUGCCAAGGAACGAAGAGGUCAUCAAGUCGGCUGA